AAAUAGAACCAAGACUACGCUUCCCCUUCGCUUGCCAGUUGGCGGGUGUUUGCGUUGAAACUAUACCGAAAGCCUGACCUUAAAGGGGAGGGAGCAGAGGGGAACCGGGGCCCUUUAAAACGAGGCCAGCUGGUGCCUGCCCCUUUAAGGGCGGGGCACUCAGACGACAGAAUCUGAGCCCCAGAUUACCCCGAGUUUCCGUCACAAGCUGCAAGGUAAGGCUCCUUCGCUGGGUCCGGGUGCUUGGCGGCGGCGGUUUCAUCGCCGCUGGUCCUCCCCGGGCCCAGAAACACCCCAGCUCCAGUCAUGCUGAGCAGAGUAUGGAAGGAGCUGACUACGAAGUGCUAUCCGUGCGAGAGCAGCUAUUCCACGAGCGGGUCCGCGAGUGCAUUAUCUCAACACUGCUGUUUGCGACUCUUUACAUCCUCUGCCACAUCGCCCUGACCCGCUUCAAGAAGCCUGCUGAGUUUACCACAGUAGAUGAAGAAGAUGCCACAGUCAACAAGAUUGCGCUCGAGCUGUGCACCUUCACCCUGGCAGUCGCCCUGGGUGCUGUCCUGCUCCUGCCCUUCUCUAUCAUCAGCAACGAGGUGCUGCUCUCACUGCCUCGGAACUACUACAUCCAGUGGCUCAACGGCUCCCUCAUCCAUGGCCUCUGGAACCUUGUUUUUCUCUUCUCCAACUUGUCCCUCAUCUUUCUCAUGCCCUUUGCAUACUUCUUCACUGAGUCUGAGGGCUUUGCUGGCUCCAGAAAGGGUGUCCUGGCCCGGGUCUAUGAGACGGUGGUGAUGCUGAUGCUCCUCACUCUGCUGGUGCUGGGCAUGGUGUGGGUAGCCUCUGCCAUUGUGGACAACAACAAGGCCAGCAGGGAGUCCCUCUAUGACUUCUGGGAGUACUAUCUCCCCUACCUCUACUCCUGCAUCUCCUUCCUUGGGGUCCUGCUGCUCCUGGUGUGUACUCCACUGGGUCUCGCCCGCAUGUUCUCGGUCACUGGGAAGCUGCUGGUCAAGCCCCGGCUCCUGGAGGACCUGGAGGAGCAGCUGCACUGCUCAGCCUUUGAGGAAGCAGCUUUGACCCGCAGGAUUUGCAAUCCCACCUCCUGCUGGCUGCCCCUGGACAUGGAACUGCUGCACAGACAGGUCCUGGCUCUGCAGACACAGAGGGUCUUGCUGGAGAAGCGGCGGAAGGCUUCAGCCUGGCAGCGGAACCUGGGCUACCCCCUGGCCAUGCUGUGCUUGCUGGUGCUGACGGGCCUGUCUGUGCUCAUUGUGGCCAUCCACAUCCUGGAGCUGCUCAUUGACGAGGCUGCCAUGCCCCGGGGCAUGCAGGUCGUCCUUAUCUUGUAUCCUUCUGGAAACCCGCCAUUGCCUCUCUUCUUCAAACCCAUCUCCUCUGAGGCUCAACCCAGUGGCAGUUACCUGAUGGUCUCCUCGGUCGUGGGCUUCUACAGCUCUCCACUCUUCCGGGGACUGCGGCCCAGAUGGCAUGACACGGCCAUGACGCAGAUAAUUGGGAACUGUGUCUGUCUCCUGGUUCUAAGCUCAGCACUUCCUGUCUUCUCUCGAACCCUGGGGCUCACUCGCUUUGACCUGCUGGGUGACUUUGGACGCUUCAACUGGCUGGGCAAUUUCUACAUCGUGUUCCUCUACAAUGCGGCCUUUGCGGGCCUCACCACUCUGUGUCUGGUGAAGACCUUCACGGCAGCUGUGCGGGCAGAGCUGAUCCGGGCCUUUGGGCUGGACAGACUACCGUUGCCUGUCUCUGGUUUCCCCCGGGUGUCUAAGAAGACCCAGCACCAGUGACCUCCAGCUGGGGGUGGGAGGGAGAAAACUGGACACUGCCAUCUGCUGCCCAGGCCUGGAGAGGCGCCCAGGGGUGGGUGGCCCUCAGGACCUGGAAUCUGAGAGGGUGGGUGGCAGAGGGAAGCUGAGCCUUCUGCACUGCUGCAUAAUCUGAGCCAGAGUUUGGGACCAGGCCCCCUUGCUUCUCCAGAUUUAACUGUGGGCCCCAGCAUGGGGUGGGGCUGGGGGCUGGGUCUGGCUCCUGGUCUCAAAUCUGUUUACACGUCAAUCUGCCUCACUGCUGUUCAGGGCCAAGCCCGUAGCCAUGUUUACAUGAUUUGAUGUGCAAUAAAGUGGGGUGGGGGCAGGGGAGGGUCAGAGCCAGUGGCCAACUUGGGAGGCAGAUUGUCUUCCCUUGCCUCUGGCCCAGCAGAGCCUAAGCACUGUGCUACCCUGGAGGGGAUGUUGACUGCCGGAGAGACGAGGGCAUAGGGAGGAAGAGGCCACAACCGUCAGCAAUAAAGUUGAUACCAGGGUUUUCUUUGGUUUUUUUAAA